GAGGGGCCGGGCGCAAAACAGCUGAGAGAGGGAGGAACAGGGCUGGCUGCUCAACCUCUCGUCUCGCGAGAAUUUAAGGACGGGAUAGAGCGGCUCGCGGGUGGCGAAGAGCCGGAGAGUAGGGACGGGAUGGAGUAGGGGCAGGUACGUCGUCGGCGUCCGUUGUUUCUCUUGCUCUUCCGCUUGUUAGAUUGGCAGGUGGAGCUGUGCGCGCGUGCCUCGGGUUGUGUGGGAGAAAAGCUUCUGAAAGACUCACGAGAAAGCGGGGGGGGGGGGGGCUGGGUGAAGGUUGCCAACUGACCCCCAUACCAGCCUGUGCCUGUGCCUGUGCCUGUCAGGCGACAGCUUACGAAGGCGCAAUAAUAAUAAUAAUAAUUAAAACCAGCAGCGGGCGAAGCUCUUCUCCUCGUGGAAGUGAGCACGGUGCCCUUCCUUCUGUUUAAAAGAGGCCGGCUGGGAAGUUGGCAGCCCUUCCCUUCUCGGAACCAUGGCCUGCGCUUGUUUAACGGGGACGUGCUUCUCUGCAUGUCGUGGGAUUGCGGCAUCCUCACGUGUAGGGAAGGGAAGCAGGGAGGGAAGCAAGCAAGCAGCGCGUGGGUGUUUUGAGAGGGGCGGCGAAUCCUGGGUCUUGAAUUUCUUCUUGGACAGUUCUAUGGGUGGGGGAGUAGGAGCCAACUCCUAAGGGCUGAGGUCCCUUCGGUUCUCCCCCCCCCCAUAAAAUAUUUGAGGGGACCGCACUCCCCACCCCAAAGUUGAUAGGCAUUGCCAUUUGAAUUGCCACAUCUUGUGAUUGGUUAUGUGGUGCUUCCCUGUCCCCCCACCCGAUAUUUUAUUCAAGUUGGCACCCCUGGGUGAGUGGGUGGGUGCUUGCCUGAACCCGCAAGAGUUGGUCCUGUUACUGUGUACGGUCACUUAAGCAACUCAUCAGGCAUAAACUUGAACAAAAUGAAGAAAAAUAAAUCCUGUUUUGAAAUGGGGGCGGGCAGGAGAUGUAUGUCUACUAGGUAAAUCUGGAGAGCAGGUGGAAUGGAUUGUACAAGGAAUCUUCAUCAUUUAUUUAUACACCACCCGAAUCAGAUGUCUGUCUUAUCCAACCUACGAAACGGUAUGGCCAACAACAUCUAGUGAUUUUGUGUUUGCGGGGGAAGAUGUUUCUGACAUGCAUAGGUGGAAAUGCAGACUGAUAGUAGAAGAUAAUUUUGAACAGGAGGAAGAGGCACUGAGUAGAGUGUUGGCAAAUCAGCUUUCUCAGAAUCAAAACGGGUACCAAGAUGUUCCUUUCUUCAAGUAAUAUUCCAUUAUGCUUUCUGGAGUGAUGGUGGUUUGUAACUGCCAAUGCCUGGCAGAGCGACGCUAGCUGAAGAGGAGGGGGGAAAGCAAAGAGAAAGGGUAUGGAGUUUAGUGGUACUGUAGAGAUGUGUGAAAUGGUGUAAGGCAGAAAGGGAGAAAUUAUAGCAUGCAUCGAUGGCGCUGAGCAUGACAGAGUGCAGAACUUCUGGGACUUUUGCUCUCUCAUUUUAGACAAAAUGGCUAACAAUCAGAGAUGUGUAUUCAUCGUCUAAGUUUUAAAAAAGUCGGUUUCUAUACCAAGGUAUUGCAGCUUGUCAAUACUGUUUGGAUCAGAACCCUUUUCCUGCUGACAUUGCUAUACAUUAUAUUUAUUAUGUAAAAGGCAUCCCAGAGGCAGAGGGUGAUGAUAAUAUUAUUCAAACUUCUUAAGAUGCAUAUUGAAAGCACAGAAAUUUUUAUAUAAAAAAAGCUAAAUUGGCCUUUAAGAAGUACUAAGCAUUAUGCAUUUGUAUUAAUUACUGUAAUGCAGGCUGCAGGGGGCUGUAGCUAGUGCAGAAUGCACCUGCUAGGCUGGUAAGUGGGGCAGCUCAAUGGGACCAUGUGUCACCUGUCCUGAAAGCUCUGCACUGGUCAAAUUCAAGAUGUUAGUACUAGCAUCUAAGGCUCCUAAUGGCUUGGAAUCCAAGUAUCUAAAAGAGCACCAUACUCAUUAUCAGUAAUCUUGUAUUCUAUGAUCUGCAAGUGAUGCCUCCUCCACUGGGUAUCAGUUGUGAUAGGGCCUUUUCAGUGUUGGUUCCUUUUCAUCAUAGCAAGAUGCUUCUUUCUCCCUCAUUACUCUGACUUUCAGGGGGGUAAUUAAAAACAUUUCAGUUUGUCCAGGUAUUUGAUGGCAAGACACUAUUCUGGCAACCUUUAGAUCACUGGUUGAGAAUGCUUUUAACUUUUAAAUGUUUUUAAACCAUUUUUAGUUUUUUUAAAGUUUUUUUUAUUAUUGCUGUGUCAGCUGCCUGGACUAUUUCUGGAGGAACAGAAUACAAAUUGAAUAAAUGAAUAAAAUAAAUUUCACUUUUCUGUUAUCUAGCCCUUUUUAAUGAUUGCUUGUGUUAAUCCACAUAUUAUUAACAGAAAUCUACAUGGGUGGGAUUUACACACAUAAUUUACACUAAAGAUCAUUUGAAAAAUUGGAUUUUCGUGUGUCACUAGUACCAGCAGCUGAGUGUGUACCAGGAACAGAUAAUUUUUCAGUGUUUGCACUUCUGCUAUGGUACUCCCUCCCCAAUGAGAUCCAAUAGGUCCCCAAAUGAAGCAUUUAAAAUUAUGUCUGAAAAGUUUUAUUUUCCCACUAGGACUUCUCGUCUAUGGAGUUUGCUGGUUUUAAUUAUAGUAACUUGAAGAAUUAUAUUGCAAUUCGGUAUUUUGUUACAAACUACUUUGCAGCCCUUUGGUUAAAGAAGAAAAACAGAGUAUAAGUAAAAUGACAGCUGCAUGAAAUGCAGUGUUAGCCAUUUGGACUUCUUAGGCCUGAUAAUUGAUUUGGAUUAUUAAUAAUAUAUUUAAAGAACCCAUGCUUUUGAGGGGUCUGUAUGCUGAUCUUCUAGAUAUAUCUUGGAAUUCCAGAAUCCCAUUGUCAUUGCUGUAUUGUAGAAUCUUUUACCUUGCAUUUUUUUUUAAAGCCUGAUAUGCAGAAGUUUCAGUGCCUUCACUUGGUAAUGGUGGGGGUCUGUAUUUUUAUUUUUUUAUAUUGAUAUACUACAUUAGUGGGUUGCUAUUCAUAACAAUUGACUGAUGAUUAAAACACAACAAACUCCCAGUGUGUAUGAGCAUUUGUCUUGCUGAGCAUAGUUCUGAAUAUAUUUUUAUUUUAAAAAUUGUGUUGUGUGUGCAGAAUGGAGAUGGACUGCAAUCCCAUGGACCUAUCCAAUAACACAGGGGUUGAAGACAAUUCUGAAUUCAAGGAUUUUGAAGGAACAGACGUGAAGGACAUGAGAUUAGAAGCGGAAGCUGUUGUGAAUGAUGUGUUGUUUGCUGUGAGCAACAUGUUUGUCUCUAAAAGCCUCCCAUGCGCAGAAGAUGUGGCGUACAUCAACGUGGAAACUAGGGAAAGGAACAGAUAUUGCCUAGAGCUCACAGAAGCGGGACUUAGGGUAAUUCUUCCUUUUGUGAAGAUUAGUAAUAAAAGAAAUGUUAGCCAAAGGCUAUUUAGUAAUCUACUUUAUCACAAAAGCAGCCCUCUUCAAUUUUUAUUUUUUGUACCGAGUGUUUCAGAAUGUUUAUAUUUAUAUAGAAGAUGCUAACAAACCUACUAUAACAACAACAACAACAAUUAAUUACUUGCCCAUCUAACUGGGUUUCCCAAGCUACUCUGGGCAUCUUCCAACAGAAUCUAAAGAACACACAGUGUGUGUGUUUCUCUAAUUAAGAGAAAAGAUGUUUGGAGUUACCAGUUUUGACCCUCCAAUCUUCUGCAAUAGGGUUUCUAUACAGUUUCUUUUUUAAACUUUGCAGGGAUCCUGACUGGCAGAAAUGCAUCAGAUAAGGUGUUCCAUGUCACUUGGUUCAUGGUAGGAAGGCCCUAAAUCUUGAAUUUCUGAUUACUAGGCAGCUUUUUUGUCCCAGAUGCCUUUUCACUAAAAGGUGCUAUCUAUAGUUUCCUAAAUAAAACUUCCAUUUUCUUUUCAUGAUUAAUGUAUUGAAAGAUUCUGCGUUUAAUCCUUUACUUCAUCUUUUAAUUAUGGAUAACAGUCUUUCAACAUAUAAUUAUACUGGAAGGGAAAAUAUUAGCAGGUGCAACUUGUGAUGUCAUGGUUCUGCAAGGAGUAUGGGCAUCUGCAUCUGCCAGAAUACUUUUAAAUGUACAUGAACUUCUAUGUUGAAAGCUAGCCAUCCAUGAAUUAAAGCAAGGGUGGUGAACUUGUGGCCCUGCAGAUGUUGGUCUUCCAACACCAUCAGGCCCUGACAACAUAGCCAAUGACUGUACUCCAGCAGCAUCUAGAGGACCACAGGAGGUAACCAUCCUUGAUUAAAGAAAUGAAGUCUUCCUUCUCUGGUGAUCCACAGCUUUAAACCAUUGCAAACAAACUGCAUAAUGAUCACCCGUGAAAGAAAACACAUAUUUUCCAUACAUAUCCACCACUGUAGACAGUUUUUUCUCCAUGAAGGUUUUUAUUAGGAAUGCAACUGAAGUCUUGUCUGUGCCUGUUUGUGUACAGUAAGUAUUAACUGUGAACUGCACAAAUUGAACUUGCAAUCAUAAUACAAGUCUUUUUUCCAACUAAUCGCUCUGUAGUACUAUAAUCAUAUACAAUUAGUGUGCAUCUCAACUGUCAUGGUUACUCUAGCAGAAAUAACACAUAUGGAGUUCUUGUUUCCUUUUUGACUCAGUUUUCCCCCAAUAUUAAUAUCAAAAUAGGACUGGGAGAUGUCAGCUUUUCAACAUCACAAUGUAUCACCAGCCAAAUAUCAUGAUUAGGUGAUACAUUGCGAUGUUGAAAUGGAGGAAGGAACAAGCUGUAAGGCGCUGGGGUGAAAACACUGCCACUCCUGCCAAGGGAUGUGAGGCGGUUUCACCCCAUGGGCCAGGACCAAGAUAGCUUGUUCCUCCCACCAAGCGCUGGGAGUUCCUCCGCCCCCAGUACCCAGUGGAGGGAUUCAGGAGUGGUGGUAGGUUUACUUGUGAUAUUUCUGGGAAAAGCCACCAUCAUGCUCUUGCCCUCAUACUGGUCCUGGGCGAUGUAUCAAUAUUACUACACCAGUUUUACUAGACAAGUUUUACUCGAUAACUUUCAGGUAUAAUGUAUUCAGUACCAUUUGUAAAUAGUUCUUGGGAUUGUAAGAUCUUGAUAAACUUUACAAGCCCCAUAAAAGGGUGACUCACUAGAACAGUUUUUCGCAUAACAGCUGGUUUGGUUUCUUUAUCAACCUUUUUGUUUGUUUGUGUGCACUUGGUCACUUAAAUUUUCUCUUUUUGCAGGUGGUUGGCUAUGCUUUUGACCAGGUGGAUGACAGCGUACAAAAUCCCUAUCACGAGACUGUCUACUCUCUGUUGGACUCUGUUAGCCCAGCGUAUCGAGAAGCAUUUGGAAAUGCUUUGCUACAAAGACUAGAGGCUUUGAAAAGUGAUGGGCAGUCGUGAUUGAAUUUGCAAUCGAAGUGGGCUUCAACAAAAAUUGCUGCUGGAUCUAAAUAGUUUGUUCUGAGGCCUGAUGGCAGAGAGGAAAAAAUUAUUAACCUGAACUCUUUGCUUCAAAAAUCCCUUGUUCCAUGACUUGCAGUGACACCAACUUGUAAACUAUGUCCUUGAUACUGUUGUUCGGAGUUAGUUACCCAAUUUAUUUUUAAGGUAACAAAGUCACAUAUAGAGUUACUGUUCUUUAUUAAACUUUCCUUUAGAUAGUUACAAUGUAACACAGUAUAGUUUUGGUCUCUGAUAUUUAACUUUAAAAUUCUUCUAACAACUUUUGUAUUUGUUCAGUAGUGUGCUUCACAAGUAACUUGGUUUUAAGAAAACCAAAUAUUUAUAGCUAAUUUAAUGAAAUGGAUUUUGCUUCAUUGAAAAGUUUUGUAUUUAGCUCAACUUCUUGUAUGUGGAUUUAGACAUUUUCUAGCUCAUUCAUUAGAGUGGUAAGACGAAACAUUAAAUAAAACAUCUCUUAGGAUAUGAUCCACUAAAAAGUUAGGCCAGUACUUUUCAGUAACCGAACAACAGUGUGCAGUAUUUGGUGUAGUCUUGAGGGUAGCAAGCAGCAGUGCUAAACAAUAGAUACAUUGUUGGCAUAAUGAAUGUAUUCAUCAGCUGAAAUACAAAUGGGAUAAGCACAGUAAUGAAAAAAUAAAAAGUCACAUUCUGCAUAAAGCCCAAUCCUGCAUUGCUUUUGUUAAACUAUUAAUACUGUGUAAAGAGAACUAUUUGCAUUGCUUUGAAUGUUUACAUAAUGUACAGUAUAUCUAAAAGUAUUUUUGAAUCUUUAUUUACUAUAUUACAUGAGUAUUUCUGCAAAGCCCCAACUAUGCUGUAACUUACCAUGGUUCAUUGUAUUGAUUCAAAACCAAAGAAGGAAAUUGGUAUUUGAAUUGGGAGAAUAAUAGGUGGUCUUAAGUACAAUACUAGUUACCUUCCAGUGCUGUAAUCUCAGUAUAUUUUCUUGGGAUAAAGGUGGUUUUUAAAAAAACAACCACUCACAAAGCUAUAGUAAUUGUGCAUUGUGAUAGAUAAUACUAACAGAUGUUUUAAUUCUCAAAGUGAGUGAAUUUACACAAUCGUCAGCUCCCUGAUGGAUGUAAAUUUAUAUUUUGCAAACCUGAAUCAACAUGAGUGAUGCUGUUUAACCUUGCUGAGAACCUGAUCUAGGAACUGAAGGAGUUCCAGCUUUAGUUGAAGCAUUUAUUACAGCUUUGUCUUAUUUCAGCUAAUUAUAGGAUAACUAAGAAUCUUUAGUAAAACCUGUUACGAAACAUUGACUGUUUCUUACUGUUUUAAACGCUGAAAUGUCUUGCUUUAUCCAUAUAUAGAAAAUUAGACUAAAAUGUGCAUUUCAUUUUCUAAGAAAACUGGGUGCAUGUGCACUUACAAUCUGGAUUUAUAGCAUGGAAGUUAAGAAAACGAGGAAAAUACAUGAAGAAAAUGUGUUCUGUCCAUUUUAACUGUACUUCCUUGAAUAAGGCAGCCGUGUUUAUUUUAGCAGUUAUACGCUUGAAAUAAAAGAAGCAAAGUGGUCUGCAUAAUGAGUUUGCUUUUUAAAAUACAG